AUCACCUUCUACGUAUACGUAUGACAAUAUUGAACCACAGUUACGAGUGUUUGUUAUUAGGGGCAGAUUCUACAAUAAAAUGUUUGGAGCAACUCUUUUAAUUUUGUCUUUGGCGUACUUAACUGAUAGUACCGAAGUACAAGAAGAACUCGAUCUCAGAAUUCAAAAUGGAGAAAAUACAGAACCACAAGAGAUACCAUAUGUGGUGUCUCUUCAAACAAAGGGAGAUCAUUUUUGCGGUGGCGCUAUUUUAAACAAAUAUUACGUGCUUACUGCUGCACACUGCAUCGAUAACCCCUUGAUUCAACUGAACGCAGAUCGAAUAACAGUUACAACAGGCUACAAUAGAAGUCAACCCAUAAGCAUCCAUUCAGUAAGUUCAGCAAUCAGACAUGAAAAUUACGUUGGGGUUGCUGCAUUUAUCAACGAUAUUGCACUACUUAAGGUAUUUCCUACGUUCGCGUUAAACCAAUUUGUCGCUCCUGUUACUCUACCAGAGUGUUAUUCCGAAGUAUCUGCAGGAACAAAAGCACGUAUUGCAGGCUGGGGCCAAACCGUAACUAAAAAAUUUCGAAAUGAGCAUACGAAACCGCAAAUACUCCAAAAGUUGACCCUGUUGAUUAGCAGUGACAAUUACUGUCAACAGCAAUACAUUGGAAAACAUUAUAAUAUUUAUACAAUACAUGUGUGCACAAUAAUACCAUCUGGCGAACCUAAGAGUGCUUGUAUGGGUGAUUCCGGUAGCCCACUAAUAAUCAACGGAAACGUUAUAGUAGGUAUCACCUCAAUAAGCCCUCAAAAUGAUUAUCACUGUUCUGCGUAUCCAACUGUUUACACAAAAGUUUCUCACUACAUCGAUUGGAUAUCAGAACAUAUGGUAAAAUUAGUCGAUAACCAGAUGGAAACUGAAAACAUGCCGCAACACUGUAAAAAUAGCGAUCGCAUUGUAUUUCCAAGUGACUAAUCGAAUAAAUAAUGGGAUAAAUAGUGGGAUUGGAGAGUCGAUGGUCAAAUACUUAUUAAUUUUGUCAAAAUAUGAAUAUAGUUAUUGAAUGAUUGUCUACCGGUACGUCAUUAUUAUAUAACUCAUGUGACAUUUGUUUAUAAUUGUCUUGUAUAAUUUUACUUCAAAAGAUCAA